AUUACCCAGCUAUUCACAGUUGCCCCGAGAUGAUACAGCCACGUGCCCGUUACUUAUAACGGCUGAAUGCCUGAAUUCCUUGUCGGUUGCCUAUGCUGCCGGUAAUCUAAUCGUACACGUGCACGUGCUUAACCCUUCCCAUCUGUCUCUUACCUUUUAUCACCGAAUCCUUACUGCAUCUGUCUGUACAAAAACCUCGAAAAAGCUCGUAACACAGAGCAGCAAUAAACGCCCCACCUUACCCGCUCUCUGUCUCUCACCGCCACUGGUUGUUCGAGUACGGAUAUAAACUGGAACGAUUUCAUUUUUGGCUGUAUACGCACCUGUUUUUCUGGUUCAGUCCCCGCCGGGAAAAUCAAGUUCUAAACUGAAUCUUCCCUUUCCUGAUGCUUUCCAUUUCCAGUCCAUCCUCACCGGAACCCUAUAUCAGAAAACCCAAAAGCCAGCCGGACGAAGUCCUUCCUCGCAAGAGCUCGCUUAACUCCCUUAAUUCUCUCCUUGCGAAUUCUUACUUUAAUCAAUCCCGCGCAUGGCUCCUCCUCUCCAUCCUCUCCAUCCAGAUCAUUCUCCUCCUUGGUCUCCGCUCAAUUCCUUUCUCUUUUCCCCACCGCCACCAUUUCCCCUCCCCGUAUACUGACCAUCUCAACAUCUCUGCCAAAACCAUCAUCAAUAUCAGCCCCUCUGCAGCAGCAACUACUGAUGAAGAUGAAUGUGGAUCAGGAAGAGUCUUUGUCUACGAUCUCCCCAGCAGGUUCAACACCGAAUUGAUUCGAAACUGCGACGAGUUGAACCCAUGGAGUUCCAGGUGCGAUGCCUUGGCUAAUGACGGUUUUGGCCAGAAAGCCACCGGGCUUUCGGGGCUUGUGCCGGAAAGUCUGGCUCCCGCAUGGUAUUGGACUGAUCAAUUCGUCUCGGAGAUUAUCUUCCACAAUCGGAUUUUGAGGCACAAGUGCAGGACGACAGAGCCAAAUAAUGCGACGGCGUUUUACAUUCCUUUUUAUGCAGGAUUAGCCGUAGGCAAGUUUUUGUGGCAUAAUUGCACUGCCAAAGACCGUGAUCGGCUCUGCGAAAUGAUGCUGACGUGGGUCCAAGAUCAACCAUACUACAAGAAAUCGAACGGCUGGAAUCACUUCAUCACCAUGGGGCGUAUCUCGUGGGAUUUUCGACGGUCGAAAGAUCAGGAUUGGGGGUCAAGCUGCAUUUACAUGCCAGGUAUGAGAAACAUUACUCGCCUCUUGAUUGAACGAAAUCCGUGGGACUAUUUCGAUGUUGGUGUUCCUUACCCCACCGGCUUCCACCCCAGAUCGGACUCGGAUAUCCUGCAGUGGCAGGAGUUUGUCCGUACUAGGAACCGUACGAAUCUCUUCUGCUUCGCCGGGGCGAAACGCGGCGCUAUCAAGAACGAUUUUAGAGGCCUGUUGCUAAGCCAUUGCCAGAAUGAGUCGGACUCGUGUCGAGUCGUAGAUUGUGCCGGGACUCGUUGCUCCAACGGCACCUCGGCAAUUCUCGAGACGUUUUUGAAUUCCGAUUUUUGUUUGCAGCCGAGAGGCGAUAGUUUCACCCGUAGGUCCAUCUUUGAUUGCAUGUUGGCGGGUUCUAUUCCGGUUUUGUUCUGGAAACGAACCGCUUAUUACCAGUACGAUUGGUUCUUACCGGGCGAACCUGAGAGGUACUCUGUUUUUAUACACCGGAAUGAUGUAAAAAAUGGGACUUCCGUACGGGAAGUGCUUGAGAGUUACAGCAAAGAAGAGGUAAGGAAAAUGAGAGAGAAGGUGAUUGAUUAUAUACCCAAAUUUGUGUAUGCGAGACCUCAGGAAGGCUUAGAGAGUAUAAAGGAUGCCUUUGAUGUUGCCAUAGAUGGGGUAUUGAAGAGAUUCAAGGAGCAAGAGGAGCGGUUCUACAAAUGGUAAUAAGAUGUUAAAUAUGAAGGAAAACUGGGAAUCAAGUAUCCAAUUUUGGUGAGAUCAUAACACGAGUGAAACAGAGAUGAUCAAGAUCAAGUUAUGGUUUAUUACUAUUAAUCGAAAGGCAAUUACUAUCAGUUAAUAGUACGCUUUUUUGAAGCAGAGAAAGGGAGUUGGGGUGUGUCUUCUUUUUUGACAAAUGUUGUAUGUAUACUAUACUAGUAUUUAUUUGGUUGAAGAGCAAGUUUCAGAAUUACAGAUUGUUUGCUUGUGUAAUUUAUCACUAGCAUAUAGACGAGGCAGGACCACCCAAUCACCCAUUGGUGUUUGGAUGGCAACAACAUUGGAGGCUAUAAUGUUGUGGCUUUGUCUGGACCAUGCCAAGAUCAGCACCCAGGAAUAUAGACGAAUUAGAAAAUGUAAUUUACAGAAUAAAUUUUAUAUUUUUCUA